CCUGGUGACGUGAGGAGCGUUCCAUUCCGCCAGCGGUGGGCGGUUGCCACAGCUGGUUUAGGGCCCCGACCAUUGGGGCCCCCUGUCAGGAGGAGGCACCCUCCCUGUCAGGGAGAAGUCGCUAGCACCUUUGGCGGCUGACGCGAUCCCCAGGGACAGGGCACUUUUCUGUCCUCAGUUGCCGGCUGAGUUCCGUCUCUCUCAUUCAGGUUGGGCUCCCUUUCCUAGUCUGUGUUCUCCUGCUGGGUCAGUUUCUGAGGAGGAGAUUGUUUUCCAGGGCUCUUGAUGAUGCUUGACCCAGCGGCAACAAUAGUAGACGCCGUGAUUUCAAAGCUGGGCUCAGCCACUGUCUCUGCUCUCCUGUAGUCACAAAGCCCAUUUUGGACCAGGGUCUCCAGUCAUGUCUGUGAUGGUGGUAAGAAAGAAGGUGACACGGAAAUGGGAGAAACUCCCUGGCAGGAACACCUUCUGCUGUGAUGGCCGCGUCAUGAUGGCCCGGCAAAAGGGCAUCUUCUACUUGACCCUCUUCCUCAUCCUGGGGACAUGUACACUCUUCUUUGCCUUCGAGUGUCGCUACCUGGCUGUACAGCUGUCUCCUGCCAUUCCUGUGUUUGCUGCCAUGCUCUUUCUUUUCUCUAUGGCCACAUUGUUGAGGACCAGUUUCAGUGACCCUGGAGUGAUUCCUCGAGCACUACCAGAUGAAGCAGCUUUCAUAGAAAUGGAAAUAGAAGCCACCAAUGGUGCGGUGCCACAGGGCCAGCGACCACCUCCUCGUAUUAAAAAUUUCCAGAUAAACAACCAGAUUGUGAAACUGAAAUACUGUUAUACAUGCAAGAUCUUCCGGCCUCCCCGGGCCUCCCAUUGUAGCAUCUGUGACAACUGUGUGGAGCGCUUCGACCAUCACUGCCCCUGGGUGGGAAAUUGUGUUGGAAAGAGGAACUACCGCUACUUCUACCUCUUCAUUCUUUCUCUCUCCCUCCUUACAAUUUAUGUCUUCGCCUUUAACAUCGUCUACGUGGCCCUCAAAUCCUUGAAAAUUGGCUUCCUGGAGACAUUGAAAGAAACUCCUGGAACUGUUCUGGAAGUUCUCAUUUGCUUCUUCACACUCUGGUCUGUUGUGGGACUGACUGGAUUUCACACUUUCCUCGUGGCUCUCAACCAGACAACCAAUGAAGACAUCAAAGGAUCAUGGACAGGGAAGAAUCGUGUGCAGAAUCCCUACAGCCAUGGCAACAUUGUGAAGAACUGCUGUGAAGUGCUUUGUGGCCCCCUGCCCCCCAGUGUGUUGGAUCGAAGGGGUAUUUUGCCACUGGAGGAAAAUGGAAGUCGUCCUCCAAGUACUCAAGAGACCAGCAGUAGCCUCUUGCCUCAGAGUCCAGCCUCAACAGAACAUAUGAACUCUAAUGAGAUGCCAGAGGACAGCACCACUCCGGAAGAGAUGCCACCUCCAGAGCCUCCAGAGCCACCACAGGAGGCGACUGAAGCUGAGAAGUAGCCUGUCUGUGGAAGAGACUUUUGUUUGUGUUUCAUUAGGGUUAUGAGAGAUUUCAGGGGGAAGAUCAACCUGAGACAGAGAGCAAAUAAGCUGUCCCUUAUUACUAUUUUCCUUUGGUCUUUAGUCACCAAAUUGCACACUGGCAUUUUCUUGCUGCAAACUUUUUUUUAAAAUUUAUGGACUUAAGACAGUGGCAGAAGAUGCCAGUUACCUCUUGGCAACUGGACAAAUGGGUCUCUUGGGACAUGGUACUUGUUUUCCAUGGUCUCAGCCACAAGGUGUCCUUGGACUCCCCUUCUCUUCCUUCCAGAUCCUAGCUCUCCUGCUGGGGAUCAUUGGUCUCAUUCUUGGGCUAAAGAUGCUCAAGACUGACUCAGGUCCUUUCCAGUUGCUACAUGUCCUGAGUCCAGAGGCAGUCACAGAGACCUCUGGCCAGGGAAUCCUAACUGGGCUCUUGACUCCUUCAGACCUAAUGAGGAUUGGAGAGUAAGGUUGGAGGAUUUUCCUGGCUACAAAGUGCCAGCAUUGCCAGCCAAUCCUUUUGGGAAUAGGGCAAGUACCUUCCACUUGUAUUUAUUUGUGUAGCUUUUCCUCUCCCCCUCCCCCAUCCACUCUCUAACAUCCAAGUUCCACUCUUUCCCCGUUAGACGAUAUAUGUAAGUAGUCAUAGUAGAGAUAACAAUUUACAUUUCUCAUAGGUUCUCCAGAAACUUCAAUGCCUGUGCUAUUCUCAAUAAGCAUUGAUGUGAUGCCAACAGCAUAGCCCCUCACACUCUCUGUCUCAUCUCCCCUCUUUUCUCAUUAGCCCAUUUUAAUUUUCUUUUUUUUUUUUUUUGACUCCUGCUUCCUUUGGGAGCAGGAAUGGCAGUAAUAAAAGCCUGCACUUUGGUGCUUCCUUUUCCUCAGAGGAAGCCUGAGUGCUCAUUAAAACACUACCCCUCAGACUUCUUGUGUAAGGCCUACAGAGGCCCUGAAUGCACAAAUGGGGAAGCCAAGGCACAGAGAGGCUCUCCUCUCCUCUCCUCUCCCCUCCUAUCCCUCUUCAUCCCCUCAAAAAAAAAAUAGAAAACAAAACAAAAAAGGCUAAACAGUUCUUCCAUUAAGCCUUGGCUGAGUGAGGGAAAGCCCAGCACUGCUACCCUCCCGGGUAUUCCACUCCAAGGCCUCAGCCCACCUCUGGCAAUGGUAACCACACCAGGGGCUUCAUCCAAGCCCUACUCUUCCAGCACUUCCACCGGCAGAGUCCUCGAGCUACUUCACCCUGGGGGUGGACUGUGGCCCCCAGGCAGCUCUGCUCAGGACCUGCGCUAUUUCAGGGAAGAAGUUCUAUGUAUUAUAUGUGGCUAUAUUUCCUAGAGUACCUGUGUUUUUCUCUUUCUAAGCCAGGGUCUUGUCUGGACAACUUAUGGGGACAGUAAGGAGUGUGAACCACAACUUUUAAUCUAUUUGAAGGCGAUUAAACUGUGUCUAAUGCAA